AUGCUUCGAAGGACAUUAUCUACAUUGACAGCUGGGGUCGAAUCAGUAACAUACGAUGUUAUUGUAAUUGGUGGCGGACAUGCUGGUUGUGAAGCUGCCACCGCAGCUACUAGAUGUUCCGCCCAUACAUUAUUGUUGACUAACAGGAAGGAUACGAUCGGUGAAAUGUCAUGCAAUCCAAGUUUCGGUGGAGUUGGCAAAGGACAUCUUAUACGUGAAGUGGACGCAUUGGAUGGAUUGUGUGGAAGAAUUUGUGAUAAAGCAGCCAUAAACUAUCACGCACUGAAUUCCUCGCAAGGACCGGCUGUACUGGGCCUUCGAGCACAGAUUGACCGAAAACUCUAUAAGCAACAUAUGCAACAUGAAAUCCUAAACUGUACGGAAGGUUUGGAUGUAAUGGAAAGAACAGUUGAUGAUCUGAUUAUCAAAUAUAAGGAAGGAGAAACUCCACGAGUUGUUGGAGUUGUAGCUGAUGGUCAGGCUAACUCGAAACUUUCUGAAACCUUCAAGAGACUUGGUUUCAAACUGGGACGUUUUCGUACAGGCACUCCAGCACGUCUAUUUAAAAAAACAAUAGAUUUUAGCAAGUUUGCUCCUCAACUUCCAGACCGGAAACCAAUUCCAUUUUCAUUCUUAACAGAGCACGUCUGGCUUCCUCACCAUCAGCAAUUACCGUCGUAUUUGGGUUUUACGAAUAAUCGCCUUGCCGAAGUGAUACUUAAACAUUUCAAUGAAUGCAAUUAUAUUCGUAGCGAAGCAAAUGGCCCGCGUUACUGUCCAUCUCUUGAAUCAAAAGUUAUCCGCUUCCCUCAUCUUAACCACAGGAUUUUUUUGGAACAUGAAGGCCUAGAUUCCGAUUUAAUUUAUCCACAAGGUAUGUCGAUGACGUUUGCACCGGAAGUGCAGCUGGAAGUGUAUCGUUGCAUACCAGGUUUAGAAAAUGUCGAAAUAUCAGAGACUGGCUACGGCGUUGAAUAUGAUUAUGUUAAUCCAAAGCAACUUCAGUCAACUUUACAAACCAAAGCUGUGGAAGGUUUGUUUCUCGCAGGACAAAUCAAUGGCACCACGGGUUAUGAAGAAGCUGCAGCACAGGGCAUUGUAGCUGGGAUAAAUGCCGCAGCGUCAACUCGAAAUAAAAAACCAUUUGUUAUCGAUAGGACGGAAGGUUAUAUUGGUGUAUUGAUUGAUGAUUUGACCAGUCUUGGCACUUCAGAGCCAUACCGAAUGUUUACUUCAAGAGCUGAACUAAGACUACAUUUGCGACCAGACAAUGCGGACAUAAGGUUAACGGAGAAAGGUUAUCAACAUGGAGCUGUAUCCGAACAUCGACAUAAUCACUUCUUAAAAAUGGUAUCUGCGUAUAAUGAAACGCGGGAUUUGCUGAAAUCCGUCAAAUAUCCGAUGAAUUUCUGGAGAAAAUUUAUACCUCGAUUAGAAAAUGCUCGAACAACAAAAGUAUACAGUGCGUUUGAUUUAUUAUGUCGUUAUGAAAUAGACUUCAUGGAAAUUCGAAAAGCAGCCCCUGUUGAGUUAGAAAGGUUGUUGGAAAAUGAUGAAAUCGAGCAUCGAUUGAAGAUUGAAGCAUUUUAUCAUUUUUAUCUAGAUAAAUCGUUAGCAAAGAUAAAGCAGAUACGCAAGGAAUGCGCUACUGUUAUUCCGGAUAAUUUUGAUUAUUCAAAAUUGAAUAGUAUUUCUGCCGAAUGCAAAGAAAAUUUGGAGUUUUGGAGGCCUCAGAAUCUUGCUGCAGCAUCCAGAGUUCCUGGUGCAACGACAGAGGCUCUAAUAGAACUACUGAACUUUUUGAAAGCUCCGUAA